GUUGCCUAUGGUAUUUCUUCAUCUUCACAGAAUUCAACAAUCAAGUAUCACAAUGUUGCAUAGAUCAAGAGACUCAAAAUCAAGAUCUAAACCUAAAUCGAUUUCUAGAAGAUUCUUUUCGCGGAAGGUGAUGAUUUUCUCUCUCAUCUUUCUCGCUAUUUUGCCUCCAAUCUUCUUCCAUUUCCGCCUCCGUCGCUUCAACCAGAUUCAACUCCGGCGAUGCGGUUGGGUGAAAAAUCCUCCUCUCGUUUGCGCUCACGGCGGUGAUUCCUCCGUCGCGUUUCCCAACACGAUGGCUGCGUAUCACUCUGCUCUUAGCUCUCGAGUUGACUGUAUUGAGAUUGACGUUUCUCGUUCUUCGGACGGAGUUUUGUUUGCUCUUCAUGAUAGGGAUUUGCAGCGGUUGUCUGGAAACACUAGUUCUAGAGUUGGUCAUAUGAACUCAAAACAGAUAAGAGAGCUUAGUGCUUCACACCAAUCUACUGAGAAGAUUAAUGAUGAAAGUAUAACCACAAUUCAAGAUGCUCUGAUGUUUGCUGCAAGUUCUGUACAACAGAUAGUUCUAGAUGUUAAAGUUGGACCCCCGUGGUAUGAGAAAGGGCUUGCCAAAGAUGUUCUCUCUAUUGUGGAGCAGACAGGGUGCAAAAACUGCCUCAUAUGGGCUAAAAGUGACAAUUUAGCAAGAGAUGUGAUUAAACUCUCAUCAGAAAUUGCAGUUGGCUAUAUAGUAAUGAUGGAACCUUCAACAGGGGCUAGAUCAAAAUUGUUGAGGAUGAAAGGUGCUGAGGUUGUUGGUGUCUACCACCCGUUGAUUGACGAAAAGCUUAUGAAAGUUUUGCACAGAAGAAGAAAAAAGGUUUUUGCAUGGACUGUCGAUGAUGCAGAAUCCAUGGAAAAGCUAUUGUUUCAGCAGGUUGAUGGUAUUGUUUCGAGUAACCCGACUUUACUUCAACGAUUAAUGCAGGAUAUCAAAACACAAUGUUUUGAAGAAGGUUAUUCAUUACCAAACUAACAUUUGUUUCUAGAACAUGUUACAUAUACCUCUGAUUCAAAGAUUCCUUGUACAUUGUUAUUUGUGAUGAGUAGAGAACUAAUCCCAUGUGUAUCAUGCAGACUUUUGAUUUUGAGUAUCAUGCUUUGGAAUAUUUGAUCCAUGCUUUUUAACAUGCAUUAUGCAAUAGAUGGGUAAAUUAAUUAAUUGAUAAAUGACCUUCUUAGUUCU